AGGCACACAGAUGUGAUGUGCUCUUCUAAUGCCCGAUUGCUCGCACAGUUUUGAAGAGACUCGGCAAAUCGUGUGGCAGUGGAUGCACACCGUACCGUACUUUUACGUAUACAGAAACAGCAUCAGUUGUCCACUGCUCAUCGAUUGCGCCAUGUCGUCAGCGAUGAAUCCCUGCAAUGUGUGCGAGCAGCCGACCAAGAGCAAGUGCUCCAACUGCAACCAGGUCUCCUACUGCAGCGUGCAGCACCAGAAGCAGGACUGGAAAGCCCACAAGUCCAGUUGCCACCCAUUCAAGAUUGCCCACAAUGAUCUGCUUGGACGACACUUGGUGGCCACGCGUACAAUAAAGCCCUACGAGAUCAUACUGAAGGAGGCGCCGCUGGUGCGAGGACCCGCACAGAUCACGCCGCCCGUCUGCAUGGGGUGCCUGAACAGCAUCGAGCCCGAGGAUCACAUCGACUGUGACCUAUGCGGAUGGCCCCUGUGUGGACCCGAGUGCAAAUCGCUCGGGGAGCACAGGGCGGAGUGUCAGCUUACCCAGGAGCGGGGUCAGAAGGUCAACGUUCACGAGUUCAACGGCUCCCAUCCGCUGUACACCUGCGUGAGCACCGUGCGCUGUCUGCUCAUCGGUGAGACAAGCCCGGAGAAGGCGAGCAAGUUCCAGGAGCUGGAGUCCCUGGAGUCGACCAGGCGUGGGUCCAACCAGUGGAAGGCGGACCUGGCCAGCAUUGGCCAGUUCAUACCCAAGUUCUUCAAGACGGAGAAGUUCAGCGAGGAGGAAGUCAUGAGAGCAGUGGGUGCCCUCCAGAUCAAUGGCCACGAAGUCCCCACCUCCGAUCCCCCGCACGUGGCCGUCUUCUACACGGCCUCCUUCACGGAACACUCUUGCAUGCCGAAUCUGGCCAAGAGCUUCAACAAGAACGGACACUGCAUCCUGUGGGCCCCGCGCGAGAUCAAGAAAAACUCUCACUUGAGCAUCUGCUACUCAGACGCAAUGUGGGGUACCGCUGAUCGACAGCGGCAUCUCGUCCAGACGAAGCUCUUCAAGUGCGCCUGCGAUCGCUGUACCGAUGUCACGGAGCUGGGCACCAACUACAGCGCCAUAAAGUGUGAGGACCGACGGUGCGAUGGUCUGAUGCUGCCAAGCAAAACCGACGAUUGGAAUGGAAGUUGGAAGUGCCGCGAGUGCCAGAAACAGGUACAGAAGCAUUAUAUAGACCAGAUCCUGGAGCGGGCGGGCAAGGACCUGCAGAGCAUGGAGAAAACGGCCGAAAACGGUUUAAAAUACCUGAAGCACUACGAGAAGUGGCUGCCGCCGCGGCACUACCACAUGAGUGAGGUGAAGAUUCUGCUGGUCCAGCUCCUGGCCAAGGAUCAGCAGGAGCUGAUGGUAAUGCCCGACGACAAGUUGGCACUGAAGCUGCAGUUCGCCUGGGAUCUCGUCCAACUAUACGAGACCAUUGCGCCAUGUGAGGUACGCACGCUCGGCACGCUUUGUUUCGAGCUGCACUCGGCCAUUGCCGAGCAAACACGUCGUGUGUCCCUGGAGACGAGUCUGUCACCCAAGGACCGGCUGGAGGAGUCACUCCUGUACGUGGACAAAUGCGUGAACUACCUGCAGUACGAGUCGGACAUCUUUGUGGAGGGUCACAUUCUCAAACAGGCCAAGAUCAAUCGCGAUGCCUUGCGCAUGGUCAUGAGGAUCUCCUAGCUGGCCUCCCCCCAAUCCAUUGCCAGCAAUUCAAUGACGUCCAGAGAUAAUCAGCAAUUAUUCAGAAGUGCCAGCUAGCCUCUCGCAGGGGGUCUCAAGUGCAUGCCUUUUUCGAAAUCAGAAAUAAAUUAUCAUUACUGGAUUUGCUUAA